AUGGCCAUCCCUGAGACUCGAGACUUUGACUUCAUUGUCGUUGGUGGUAUUGGCACCGCCGGCUGCGUCGUCGCAGGCCGCCUGGCCGAGAACCUCAGCGUCUCGGUCCUGGUCAUCGAGGCUGGCAUGGACAACCCCGGCGCCGUGGACGCCAUCACGACGCCGGCGCGCGCCUUCGAGCUGCGGGGCAGCAAGUACGACUGGAGCUACAAGACGGGCAUGAUCGACCGGCCCGAGUACACGCGCAUCGAGAAGCCCAACACGCGCGGAAAGAUCCCCGGCAGCGCCGCCACGUACGACGACUGGGUCCCGUACGGCGGCGCCGAGUGGGGCGAGAAGCUGCGGUACAUGGGCGCCGGCGGGCCCCUGUCCAUAUCGCACUCGGACCUGAUACCCGAGGCCAAGCCGUUCCGCGACGCGCUCGAGAGGGCCUGGGUCAGCAAGGGCGAGCCCCUGACCGACGACCAUAUACAAUGGGAAGCGCUCGUCGUCGAGCUAGCUGUUCCUCGAGGGCAAGCAGAACGUGACGGUGCUGGGCCACACGCACGCCAAGUGGCGCGCAUCGAGGGCGGCAAGGCCGUGGGCGUCGAGGCCAUCGGGCCGGACGGCGAGGCAACACUAUCGUUCCGCGCGGCACGCGAGAUGAUCGUGUCGCUAGGCGUGUACGAAUCCCCCAAGCUGCUAAUGCUCUCGAGCGUUGGGCCGCGGGCGGAGCUAGGCCGGUUCGGCAUCGACGUGGCCGUCAAGUCAGCGCACGUGGGGCAGAACCUGCUCGACCACCCGAUCUUGCCGCACGUCCUCAAGAUCAGAGACGGCUGCGGCCUAGACCGGCACCUGCUGCGCGCGAGGCUCGAGAAAGACGCGGCCGUGUCGGCCUACCGCUGGAAGUACAAGGGCCCCUAUACCAGCGGCCUGCUUGAGCUGGUCGGGCUCCCGCGCAUCGACGAGCAGCUGGCCGCCUGCCCCGAGUACGCGGCGUACAAGGCGGCCAACGGCGGGGUGGACCCGUUCGGCCCGGGCGGGCAGCCGCACUUCGAGAUCGACUUCGUGCCCAUGUUCUCGGACGCGCUCCAGUGGCACAUACCCUGCCCGCCGGCAGGCGACCACCUCACCGUCAUCGUGGACCUGCUGCGGCCGCUGUCCAGGAGCGGGGCCGUGACGCUCAACUCGGCCGACCCGCUCGAGCAGGCCAAGAUCGACAUCAACUUCUUCUGGCACGACCUGGACCUCGUCGCCAUGCGCGAGGGCGUGCGCUGGGUCGACGACGUACUCAUGAACGGCGAGGGCAUGCGGGAUAUGAUCGAGGGGGACUACCCCUGA